AGGUGUAAACAGCUCGUGCUCGAAAAUCUCAACUAAAUCCAUGGUUGUUAAUUAGCCUACUCAAGAUAAUAGAAGGAAAGAAACAUUUCCGUUUCAUAUUUUUAUUGCAUAGGAAAGGAUAUAUUUGAUCACUGGGCGGCAAAUUAGUUGUGGUAUGCCAUAAAAACAUAUAGAAGAAGAAGUACUUUACGCAGCUUUGGCGCGUUGUCCCCAUGGCAAUCAUUCCAACAAGGAUAUCCACAGACCACACGAGGGUGAAUUUAUUCAUCUCAUCUCGCGUCUUUAGUCUCUUUAUCAUAACAUUACAAGGAGGACACGUGCAUAUACUACAGAGAAGUGUGUGCAUACUGGAACUGAGGCAGAAGUGUAAAAGGAGUAAAGCCUUGCUCAUGAGGGAUUGUGACUGACGUUUCUGGUGGUUGUUCUGUGAACGCUUGGCUGAAGCUGAAAAGCAUCCACUCUGAGGCAGGGUCUGACGAGCCAUCAUGGUCCGCCUCACUAUGGAUCUGAUUGCCAAAUCCAGCUACGAUUUGAAAAACAAGAGAAGCUACUCACUCCCACAGUACCUCAAACUCACUCACCUGAACUUCUCUAACAAGAACAUAGAGGACAUUCUACCUGGAGGGAAAAAGCAUCAUGGUGAUGGGGGGGGUUAGAGGAGCUGAAGAUGCUCUACCUGGAGGGCCAGAGACUGCCCAGUGGGGAGAAGCUACUCUUUGACCCCAGGACUCUCUUCUCCCUCGCUGAAUCUUUAGGUGUCUUGAAUAUCAACAGGAACAACAUAGAUGAUGUCAGAGAUCUUGCCGUUCUAAAGAAACACACAUUUCUUUGCUGCAGACAACCAGUUACAGGACAUGCAGGAUUUAGAGGGGGUGUUUAGUCAAUGGCCUCUGCUGCAUCGAAUGGAUUUGAGUGGAAAUACUGUCUGCCACAAACCAAAAUACAGAGACAGGCUGAUGACUGGAGGAACUUGAUGGGAAGGAAAUUAACGAGUUGUCCAGGCAGUUCCUGAUUAACUGGAAAGCGUCGAAAGACGGCAAGAAAAAAUGGAAAGAUGAAAGCAUGAAGACCAGCCAGAUCACCUUACCUUUACUGGUAAGAUAAUGUACUGUUAUAUCCAGAUCACCUUACCUUUACUGGUAAGAUAAUGUACUGUUAUAUCCAGAUCACCUUACCUUUACUGGUAAGAUAAUGUACUGUUAUAUCCAGAUCACCUAUCCCUUUACUGGUAAGAUAAUGUACUGUUAUAUCCAGAUCACUUAUUCCUUUACUGGUAAGAUAAUGUACUGUUAUAUCCAGAUCACUUAUUCCUUUACUGGUAAGAUAAUGUACUGUUAUAUCUUUAUGACUGGCCAGAUCACCUAUCCCUUUACUGGUAAGAUAAUGUACUGUUAUAUCCAGAUCACCUAUCCCUUUACUGGUAAGAUAAUGUACUGUUAUAUCUUUAUGACCGGCCAGAUCACCUAUCCCUUUACUGGUAAGAUAAUGUACAGUUAUAUCCAGAUCACCUAUCCCUUUACUGGUAAGAUAAUGUACUGUUAUAUCCAGAUCAACUAUCCCUUUACUGGUAAGAUAAUGUACUGUUAUAUCCAGAUCACUUAUUCCUUUACUGGUAAGAUAAUGUACAGUUAUAUCCAGAUCACCUAUACCUUUACUGGUAAGAUAAUGUACUGUUAUAUCCAGAUCAACUAUCCCUUUACUGGUAAGAUAAUGUACUGUUAUAUCCAGAUCACCUAUACCUUUACUGGUAAGAUAAUGUACUGUUAUAUCCAGAUCACCUAUCCCUUUACUGGUAAGAUAAUGUACUGUUAUAUCCAGAUCACUUAUCCCUUUACUGGUAAGAUAAUGUACUGUUAUAUCCAGAUCACUUAUUCCUUUACUGGUAAGAUAAUGUACUGUUAUAUCCAGAUCACCUAUCCCUUUACUGGUAAGAUAAUUUACUGUUAUAUCCAGAUCACUUAUUACUUUACUGGUAAGAUAAUGUACUGUUAUAUCCAGAUCACCUAUCCCUUUACUGGUAAGAGAAUGUACUGUUAUAUCCAGAUCACCUAUCCCUUUACUGGUAAGAUAAUUUACUGUUAUAUCCAGAUCACUUAUUACUUUACUGGUAAGAUAAUGUACUGUUAUAUCCAGAUCACCUAUCCCUUUACUGGUAAGAGAAUUUACUUUUAUAUCUUUGACAGGCCAGAUCACCUAUCCCUUUACUGGUAAGAUAAUGUACUGUUAUAUCCAGAUCACUUAUUACUUUACUGGUAAGAUAAUGUACUGUUAUAUCCAGAUCACCUAUCCCUUUACUGGUAAGAUAAUGUACUGUUAUAUCCAGAUCACCUAUCCCUUUACUGGUAAGAGAAUUUACUUUUAUAUCUUUGACAGGCCAGAUCACCUAUACCUUUACUGGUAAGAUAAUGUACUGUUAUAUCCAGAUCACUUAUUACUUUACUGGUAAGAUAAUGUACUGUUAUAUCCAGAUCACCUAUACCUUUACUGACUUCCACAUGGGCCCACAUCCUUCAUACAACUAUAACUACGGCAACACCCUGGGCAAGAAGAAUCCUCUGGAGGGGGCGACCCAGCAGGAAGUCCGCUCCGAACACUCACAACUGGAGAGCGCAGCAAUGAGGUUUAUAAGUGCUCCCUAUAUGGUUGGAAGACAGACGAUCCGCAUGGAUAGUGGAAAUGGCCCAGUGACAGUUAUGGAUGAGAGUCCCACAUCUAGCCCCAGCUCCAGCCCCAGUCCUGACAUGCUGACCACCGACAGUCGGCGUCCGGGGGCCCUGCAGCACUCCAGGGUGGUCCAGGCUGGUGGGCUCGGUGGCAGAGGGCGGCCGGCAGCAGCCAACGCAGCGCGGGAGAGGAGUCGAGUGCAGACCCUGAGAAGCGCAUUCCUGGAGCUACAGAGGACUCUUCCGUCGGUGCCACCGGACACAAAACUGUCCAAGCUCGACGUGUUGAUUUUGGCCACCACUUAUAUUGCCCAUCUGACUCGGACCUUGCAAGAGGAGGGGAUGGAGGAGGGAGAGAGCAAUAGACAAACAGAGGCCUUACACUCGCUGAAAGGUGAAGGUUACCUGCACCCUGUGAAAAAGUGGCCAAUGCGAUCCAGGUUAUACGUCGGCGCCAGCGGUCAGUUUCUGAACAAUUCAAAACAGACAGAAAAUCAAGGCGCAUCAUCGUCAACCUCGCAGACAUAAAUCUAUCCACUGCAUAAGGGACUUGUAAUUUAGACGAGCAUUAAUUAGUACGACUCUUUCAGCUACAUCCACCCAUGAGGACUUAUGAAAUGGACAGGAGAUUCGUCGUCUUACAGUGCUUAUUAUUUUUAUUUAUCAAACAACUGCUUUUGACUUCAGUAUUUUCGUGUAAAGGAGACAGUCACGACUCUUUCAAUAGUAGGAACACAUUGUAAAUUAAUAUAUUAUGUAUAUAAAAUCUGAGAAAGCCUGAAUAUUGUUGCUCUUAUUUUGGCCAUGCUGUGUUUCUGCUCUGCUUUCUGCUGUUCUGUGCCUGUUGGAGAUAUUAUUAACGUGUGUAUGCUUUUUAGAAAUUCCGUAUGCGGUGUAAUGAACAUUCGCACUAAAUGCAUGUGUGAAUAACUUAACAUCUGUCAUGUGAAGUGAUCUGUCAGCCUCUUCAUCUUUUUUUAUUACGUAAAUGGUUGUAAUUAUGUUUUUUUGAUAAUGACUUGAGAAAUAGAAAUAAGACAUGUCUCCCACUC